AGUGCAGCCGAGGAGUAAACACGCGCGGGCGGCGCUAUAGGCAGACAGUGAAGUGUCGUGUGCGAAAUAAAUCGAAAUGAAUAUAAGAAACAGUGAUAAAAGCAAGAUAUACAUAUACACAUAUAUAUAUAGAGUUUAAAAACAGCUUAAAACUUUAAUUGCAUGUAGUGUAGUGUGAUGCAUAGGAUAGUAAAAAUUAAUAACAACAACAAGGUACAAUACUCUGCGCGCAAAGUAAACAUAAAAAACAAAUAAAAACAAACUAACGGAAAAUUUGUAAGUUUCGGAAACGGCGUUCGAAAACAAGUUUCAUAAAUUUAACUCCAAAUCACUUUGGGAAUAUCACGUGCAACAUUUUACUUCCUUUGUAAAACCCUUAAUUUAACAGAAAUUGGCGUGUUUUCGCAUGAGUAGUUAAAAUUUAAAUACAAAAAUUUUCGGCGUUACGUCGCAUGCGCGUCGCGUGCGUGACCAAAUCGUGUUAGGCCUAACAAACGCACCCAAAAUAGAAAUUGUCAACUAUUAAACGGUUUCAAUUUAACGGCGAGUUAUCGAAACACGGAAGGGAGAACCGUUUAAGGGCGUCACAAGGCGGUGAUAUUGAAAUAUUUGUUUUAAUUUGGAAAAUAUAUAUGUAAGCGAGUAAACAUAAGCAAAUAUUUGACGGAAAAUCCAACGCUAUGGGCAGGACCACCGUCCGCUGAAUAAUUCUAGUUAGAAUUAAGAAGCUCCCUAUAUUCCACCUAAAUAAAAUAUGGGACAGGAGAUAUCUCAGCAAAAGAAAUGCAGCAUUAUUAGUCGACACAAAACACACCAACAAACACCGCAAUCUCUCCAACCGCAACCACAACGAGGCGCAACAAAAAAUCUAAAACCUUCCACUAAUUUCACAACGUCCAACGGCAAAUACACCAGACACUCACAAGAAUUCCAAAGCGUCUACGCACCUUCCUCCAAUAUCUCGACGACCUCUUCCAGCUCCACCGACGACGAGCACUAUCGGCUACGACAGAAAUACAAUCUGAAUAAGCAAACUUAUGAGAAAUUCCGAGCGUCGAAAAAACUCAGUCUCAUCAGCAGUACCACAGAUCAGAGCACUAGCACCAGCAAUUCCGCGUCGACCAAUAGCAGCUCAUCUACCUAUCAAAAUUCGAAAUCCAGUGAACCAACUUAUAAUAACAUCGUGCGCAAACCGUCACAACAUAAGCGCAAAAAUUCUUCGAGCACCGAUAGCGGCAUCUACUACGCCUCCUGUCAUUGCACCUCUUCUGUCUUGUCUUCAUCAGCUACAUCCUCUUCUUCGCUGUGCUCGACAAGCGCCUGUGGCUGCUCCACUUCAUCCAACCAAUCGCGCAGCUCACUCGAUCAAAAGAAAAACUAUCUCUGUAAACAUUUGUAUAUAAAAUCGUAUCUAGAUAUUUUGGAGGAAGACGAGAAGGCGCACGCUCACUUCAAAUCGGCUAAACCGGGCGGCAUACGCAAUUACAAACCGAAAAUUUUGGGUGAAACCGCGUUAUCAACCAGUGCACCACAGAGUACAGGAUUUAGUAUCAGCAGCAACAACUUAAAACUGCGUGAGAAGUGUAAGGAAGAUCCGUGGAUUUGACAAUUACUGAAAAAUGGCAUUUGGCACAAUGACAUCUUUGCUUGGAAUGAUUCCCCUGUUAGCGAUCGGCAUGAACUACUAUCGUUAUCAAAGUAUCGAUCCAGAGAACAGAGUGCAGGAGCCGCAAAUGACGCGUCGCCAAUAUGACUUUAUAGUUGUUGGUGGCGGUUCUGCUGGAGCAGUCAUAGCCAAUCGCCUGUCGGAAGUACGUAACUGGACGGUUCUAUUGCUCGAAGCUGGCGGUGAUGAGACCGAGAUAUCAGAUGUACCCGCGCUUGCUGGCUAUCUACAGCUCACCGAUUUAGACUGGAAGUAUACGACAACACCUUCACCUACGCGUCAAUACUGUCAAGCGAUGAAAGGCGACCGCUGUUUUUGGCCGCGUGGCAAAGUACUUGGUGGUUCCAGUGUGCUCAAUGCUAUGGUUUAUGUGCGUGGUUCCAAAAAUGACUACAAUCACUGGGAAUCACUCGGUAAUCCCGGUUGGGGCUAUAAAAAUGUACUUAAAUACUUUUUAAAAUCGGAAGAUGUGCGUAAUCCCUACCUAGCCAAAACCGGAUAUCACGAAACUGGCGGUUAUCUAACUGUACAAGAGUCACCUUGGCGCACACCGCUAUCCAUCGCCUUUCUGCAAGCCGGCAUGGAAAUGGGCUAUGAGGUGCGAGAUAUAAAUGGACAGCAGCAGACCGGUUUCAUGCUGACACAGAGCACUAUACGCAGAGGGUCGCGUUGCAGCACCGGCAAGGCCUUUAUCAGGCCCGUUCGUUUACGUAAGAAUCUUGAUGUGCUGUUACACGCACACACCACUAAAGUGCUCAUCGAUAAAAAUAAGCGCGCCAUUGGCGUUGAAUUCUUAAAGAAAGGGCAAAAAAACGUGGUUUUUGCGCGACGUGAGGUGAUAUUGUCAGCCGGCGCUUUGAACUCACCACAACUGCUGAUGUUAUCAGGCAUCGGACCUGCCGAUCAUCUGCAAGAACAUGGCAUCAAUGUAAUAUCAGAUUUACCGGUGGGUGAUAACUUGCAAGAUCACGUCGGUUUGGGUGGCCUAACCUUUGUGGUGGAUGCGCCACUCACGGUCACACGCUCACGCUUUCAAACCAUACCAGUCGCUAUGGAGUACAUUUUGCGCGAGCGCGGUCCUAUGACGUUCUCCGGUGUGGAAGGUGUUGCCUUUCUUAAUUCGAAAUACCAAGAUCCAUCAGUUGACUGGCCAGACAUACAAUUUCACUUUUUACCCAGCUCCAUAAAUUCAGACGGUGGCGAGCAGAUACGUAAAAUUCUAAAUCUACGUGAUGGUUUCUACAACACCGUCUACAAACCGUUACACAACUCUGAGACCUGGUCUAUCUUGCCACUGCUACUGCGUCCCAAGAGCACCGGCUGGGUGCGCCUCAAUUCACGCAACCCAUUACAGCAGCCCAAACUGAUACCCAACUACUUUGCUCACCAGGAAGACAUCGAUGUGCUUGUCGAGGGUAUUAAAUUGGCCAUAAAUGUCUCGAACACACAAGCCUUUCAACGUUUCGGUUCACGACCACACAACAUACCGUUACCGGGCUGUCGCCACUAUGAUUUCAUGUCCGACGCCUACUGGGGUUGUGCCAUUAAACAGUUCACCUUCACCAUAUACCAUCCAGUGGGUACAUGCAAAAUGGGUCCCAGCUGGGAUGUCACCGCUGUCGUAGACCCCCGCCUGCGUGUUUAUGGCGUGUCCGGUAUCCGCGUAGCGGACGCAAGCAUUAUGCCAACCAUCAUGAAUGGCAAUCCCAAUGCGCCGGUCAUUAUGAUUGGCGAAAAAGCGUCUGACCUCAUAAAGGAGGAUUGGGGUGCGCGGCCGCCAUGGCAUUAUGGCUAAGGCACUCAACAUGAAUGUAGCCAUGCGUGCUUUUUACAAAUUAACACUUUCGUUGUUCCAUUUAGUGUUUCAUUAAUGCUUUCGCAAACUAUGUGACUAGUCAAUUUUUCUACCAUUUUUAAGUUUUACUUUUUCAUUCGUUUGCUUCGAAAUAAAAGCUAUUAUUUUUGUUAUUUUUAUUUGAAAUUUGUGAAAUUAUUUUUAAGCUGCCUACAUCAGUAAAAUAUUUGAUCGCCUCAUUGUAAAUUCAUCGCUGCCUACUUAGGUUCGUCCAUAUUUUUAAGACUUACGCGCGUAAGAUACAAAAUACAACUUAUUAAGUUGUAUAUUUAUUUAUUAAUUUAGUUUACAAAUAAAGAUACCAUUAUAAGAUAUAAAUAUGAG